UGCAAAAUCGAUGUCGGCGUGACUUUUUAGAAAACCGCCGCAUCCUAGAAUAUCUUGGCCGACAGAAUUCACCGAUAAUGUCGCUAGAUAAGCCAGGGAAAAUAUGAUCUCUCGCCAAUUCAUGCCAGUCCGCUGCCGCAUCGUUCGAGCUGUCUGCUUACGAGUUUUAGAGACUCGAAGCUGUGACGUCUAGAAACCUGCACUCCGGUUACGGCUCUGUUUGUUUACCAUCGAAUCAUCACCGAGAUACUUGCUGUUUGUUGCUUUAUAAUCGUACCAAUAUCGAUAUUUAUGUGAGCAAUGUGAUUUUGUAGGAACUGAUAUUAUAAUUCAACUAAAAAUCUCCUUGUGCCUAAUAGAUAUUCUACAGUCAUAAUGGUGAAAAUAGCGCUGCAGAUUACAUGUAGACUCGAUAACAUUGAGGAACUGAGGCCAUCGGGAUCUGAGUUCAGAUGGUGUCUAAAGUUCACUUGUUGCAACUGCGGAGAGACAUCUGAUAAGUGGAACUACGUCUCCUCGGACGACCCGGCACGUCCUGCAGUUCGAGGCAGUGGCGUCAAUCACUUUGUGAGCAAAUGCAAGCUCUGCUCCCGGGAGAACUCUAUGACAAUAUUAGAUGACUCCGUUCGGUGUUUCACCCAGGAUGAUCAAGGACAAUUUAAGACAAUUGUCAUAUUUGAUUGUCGAGGAAUAGAACCCUCCGACUUUUCCGCGAGGGAAGGAUGGGUGGCCAAAGCUGUCGAAGGAGGUAAGGAGUUUGACGAGAUAGAUUUGAGCGAAGGUGAAUGGGAAGACUACUGCGACAAGAUCAUGCAACCUGUUGGAAUAUACGAGAUUAAGCACAAAUUUGAGAGAAUUAAGUAGACACAUGUUUUGGAUGUACAGCAAGUAUGCAUUUCUAUUGCCUAAAUUUUCUUUUGCGUGUCAUCCUUGCACAGGGGCCAUGCUAAUCUUCUCUGUAUCGUUUCAAAAAGUUUUUCUAUUGCCUAAAUUUUCUAAGAAUCGCUUUCUUGUCACUCAAUGAAAUAAAAUGACGUACCUAAAAGUGUAAAUAUGUAAAGAUACAUAC